AUGCCACAAAAUUCGCCGCUAUAUAUCUCUAACCUAAGUGAAAUUUAUCAUGAUUUACAUAUUUUUAGCCCUCUGUGUUACGAAGAUAUCGAAAAGGUUGCCGAAGCAAUCAAAAAACAAGUGAAACUAUGUGAAACACCGACAAUUGGUAUUAUAUGCGGCUCAGGGCUGGGAGAUUUAGGUGAUAUGCUUGAAAAUCCACAAAUUCUUCCAUACAACAAAAUACCUGGUUUUCCAUCAACUAAUGUGAUCGGUCAUAAGGGAAAUCUCAUUUUCGGAUACCUAAAAGGCAAAUAUGUAAUGUGCAUUCAAGGAAGAUUUCACCCUUACGAACACGGAAUGAAUCUCGCUUUGUGCGCCAUGCCAGUUCGAGUAAUGCAUUUACUAGGAGUUAAAACCUUAAUAGCAUCAAAUGCUGCUGGUGGAAUUAACCAAAACUUUGAAUAUGGUGAUCUGAUGCUGAUAAAAGAUCAUAUAUUUCUACCUGGACUAGCCGGCUUUUCACCGCUUGUUGGAAGCAAUGAUCCUCGUUUUGGAGCUCGAUUUGUCUCUGUUCACGCCGCUUACGACGUACAGCUGAGAAAGAUGGCUUUGGAGAUAGGGCAAAAAAUUGGUGUUCGUGUGCAUGAAGGUAUCUAUGUGAUGUCAGGGGGUCCACAGUACGAAUCUCCAGCAGAAGUAUUAAUGUUCAAAACAGUUGGAGCAGACGCAUUAGGUAUGUCCACUUGCCACGAAGUUACAAUUGCGCGACAAUGCGGCAUGAGAGUUCUUGGCUUCUCUUUAAUUACAAACAUUGCGAACUUAGAUGCCGAUGUUGCUGUCGAGGUGAAACACGAAGAAGUUUUGGAAACAGCUAAAGAAGCUAGCCAGCGAGCUUGUAAUUUUGUGACCGCUAUCGUGGAACAAUUGUAG